AUGGCUUGCAUGAAGCUGGGAUCCAAAUCUGAUGCUUUCCAGAGACAAGGCCAAGCUUGGUUUUGCACAACUGGACUUCCAAGUGAUAUCGUCGUUGAAGUUGGAGAGAUGUCUUUCCAUCUCCACAAGUUUCCUUUGCUCUCUAGAAGUGGAGUCAUGGAAAGAAGCAUUGCAGAGGCAUCAAAAGAAGGUGAUGACAAUGACAAAUGUCUCAUUAAGAUAUCUGAUCUUCCAGGCGGAGACAAAACCUUUGAGCUUAUCGCCAAGUUCUGCUACGGCGUGAAGCUCGAACUCACCGCUUUCAACAUUGUAUACCUCAGAUGCGCAGCUGAGCAUCUCGAAAUGACAGAGGAGUACGGUGAAGGAAACCUAAUCUCUCAAACCGAAACUUUCUUCAACCAAGUCGUCCUCAAAAGCUGGAAAGACUCACUAAAAGCGCUUCAAACCUGCAACGAGGUCCCUGAGUACGCAGAGGAGUUAAACAUCACCAACAAAUGCAUAGAGUCACUAGCCGUGAAAGCAUCAUCAACAGACCCAAACUUGUUCGGAUGGCCAGUUGUGGAGCCCAUGCAGAGUCCAGGUGGCAGCGUUUUAUGGAAUGGUAUAAGCACAGGGGCUAGACUUAAACACACUAGUUCAGAUUGGUGGUACGAGGAUGCUGCCAUGCUUACCUUUCCCUUUUUUAAGAGACUCAUCACAGUCAUGGACUCCAGAGCCAUAAGAGAAGACAUCAUUGCAGGUUCCUUAACUUACUACACAAGAAAACACUUGCCUGGCUUAAAACGCAGACGCGGUGGAGGACCUGAAGCUAGUAGUGGUCGUUUCGCCACACCUAUGAGCUCAGGGAGUGUACUCUCCGAAGAAGAGCAGAAACACUUGCUUGAAGAGAUCCUACAGCUUCUCCCCCUGCAAAAAGGUUUAGUCCCCACCAAGUUUUUCGUGGACAUGCUUAGAGUCGCCAAGAUUCUGAAAGCUAGUCAGAGCUGCAUAGCUAAUUUGGAGAAGAGGAUAGGGAUGCAGCUUGACCAGGCGGCUUUGGAAGAUCUUGUAAUGCCUAGCUUUUCUCAUACUAUGGAGACUCUAUACGAUGUGGACUCUGUGCAGAGGAUCUUGGACCAUUUUCUUAGUACUGAUCAGAUCAUGCCCGUUGGUGUUGGCUCUCCUUGCUCUUCGGUGGAUGAUGGGAACUUGAUGGGAUCACCACGGUCAAUAACGCCAAUGACGGCUGUUGCGAAGCUGAUUGAUGGGUAUCUUGCUGAAGUAGCUCCUGAUGUUAAUCUCAAGCUUCCAAAGUUUCAAGCUUUAGCUGCUUCUGUUCCUGAGUAUGCUAGACUCUUAGAUGAUGGACUCUAUCGCGCAAUAGAUAUUUACUUAAAGCAUCAUCCAUGGUUAGCAGAAGCAGAAAGAGAGAAUCUUUGCAGGUUGUUAGAUUGCCAGAAGCUCUCUUUAGAAGCAUGCACACACGCAGCGCAGAACGAGAGAUUACCUCUAAGAAUAAUAGUCCAAGUCCUCUUCUUUGAGCAGCUUCAGCUCAGAACCUCUGUAGCUGGAUGCUUCCUGGUUUCAGACAACCUCGACGGCGGGUCAAGACAGUUAAGAAGCGGUGGAUUUGCAGGGGGAUCAACAGAAGGAGGAGGAGGAUGGGCAACAGCAGUAAGAGAGAACCAAGUCUUGAAAGUUGGAAUGGACAGUAUGAGAAUGAGGGUUUGCGAGUUGGAGAAAGAGUGUUCUAAUAUGAGACAAGAGAUUGAGAAACUCGGUAAGACGACGAGUAAGGUUGGUGGUGGUAGCAAAACGUGGGAGAAUGUUUCUAAGAAACUUGGGUUUGGUAUUAAGUUGAAGUCGCAUCAAAUGUGUAGUGCUCAAGAAGGGUCUGUGUCGAAGUCUAAUAAUGAGAAUGUGAAGAUAGAGAGGGUUAAGGAUGUUAAAGAACGUCGUGGGAAGCAUAAGAAAGCUUCGAGUAUUAGUUCUGAAAGGUGAAACUAUGGUAAAAAAAAAUUCACACGGUUUAGCUUUUUAAGAAAGAAGAAGAGCUUUUAUUGUUAAAAAUGUGGUUUUUUUCGAUUGUCUAUGUAUGUUUUCUUUGACGACCAAACUAUUUUCUUGUCAUUAUUGGAUCUUAUUAAGGAAAUU